UCUGCAACUUCCAGGUGAGAGAGUCGGCUGAGAGACCUUCAGUGUGAGCGAGGAGGCAGCAGGAGGCUGAGACGUAUAAAAGAGCUGCUUCCUGCUGCUGGGUGCAUUUCACCGCCGACUGCUGCCCUGAGAACAGCUCCGAGUCUACCUGCACAGGAUGUCGUGGGACAGCUACAUCGCCGAUAUGAUGACGCCCGACCACACUGGGUCAAUUCCUGUCGAGCAGGCGGCGAUCUGUGGGUUCACCCCGGGUCAGGAGAGCAUCUGGGCCAGUUCUGAUGGCCUGAAGGACAUCAAGCCGGCUGAGAUCACCAAGCUGGUCGGGGACAGGAACAACUUGUACCAGAACGGCGUCUACAUCAGCGGACAGAAGUGCCGGAUGCUCAGAGAGUGGAUGGACGGCGAAGUUCUCAUUUUUGACCUGAAGACGGCGCCCAACGACGCCGGCGAAGCGUUCAGCGUAUGCGUGGGAAAGACCACCCAGGCUCUGGUCAUCGCCAAGGGUACAAAGGAUGCAUUGGGCAACCAGGUGAACGCCAAGGUGUGCAAAAUCGCCAAGCACCUGAAGAGCAGCAACAUGUGAGACUAGAUGGUCGCCUCCUCCUCCUCCUCCACCUCCUCCUCCGUUUGACCUCGCAGCUGUAUUCUGUCGUCCUCAGGGACCGAUGACGGUGUUCAGAGUCCGUGUCGUGAUGCAAUGACUGUGUAGCAGCUGUUAGCAUGUUCACACGUGACCAGACUGCACACGCGUGUUUUGAGCAGGAGGCCAGUGUUACACGGAAAAUAUUCACAGUCAGCUGAUCCAAAUAAAGAGCAUCAUGUUUAUUCUGAUA